GUGUCGCCUGGACGCCUGGACGUGUUUGACAACGAUCUGUGACAGUUCUACUCCCGAACCAGCUGACGUAUGGAUUCAUUUGUGUUUAAAAUUCUAACGACGGCGGUGGUUUUUCGCGCAGCUAGUGGAGGAGUCAUACCGACAUUCGCAGGUCCAUGGAACGUAUGGAUGGAGAGAGUCACCACAUGCAGUGAGGAUGACAAAAGGGUGUUCUUUAAGAUUUCUCACUUCAACCCCAGUAAAAAGUUCGAAAAUCAGGUGUGGAAUGGAUUUAUAAACAUAACAGACGAAAUGGAUGACACAUGGUGGUCUAAAGCUGUCCUGGACGUUCGCAGCAACAACCAGUGGAAAGAAAAUGCCUUUAUAUUCUUCUUCCCGAAGAACGGCUGUAGUGGCGCUCGAGAAACCCUCACGGAGAUCUUCUCUCAGUACUUUGGCAAAAAAGGGACGCCAUGUCGCCUUGUAAAGAAAUGUGUUUACUUUGAGAAUACCACAGUGGCCCACGUGUAUCCGCGCAUUCCUAUAUUGCCAUAUGGCUUCUACCGUUUGAAGAUUACAGCUGGGAUAACUGGCGCAAAAGAACCAGUGUAUUGCAUUAUACUUUUAAGUCAUGUUAUUCCUAAAAUUGAAUCAUAAGUAAAAUUAAGUUGUUGAUGUAAUAUCAUAGUCAUACAGUACAUUUUCUUUCAUACUCUUUACGUUCGAUACGUAACACAUAAAAAAAAUCAAAGAAUACAGUGCAUUCUGCUCGGGAUGAUUAGUACUUUGCGAAUAUGUUCAUGCUGGAAUUAUUACAACACAGAGGGAAAACUCAAAGAGUACAAACAUAUUCGCCAGAAGAAUAUGUAGCUACUUUGAUGACGAAAUUUUGUGGCCAUUCAAAGCUGGAUGGUUUUCGAAAAAUUUAGGAUUGAAACAAAUGCCCCUAAAGAGCUACUUUAA